GAUAUUCUGCGCUUUUCUCUUUCUCUCUCUCAACAGCAGGAGAGAGAAAAAGUUUCCAGAAAGAGAGGAAGAGGAGAGGAGAGUCGCCCGGUUCGAGCACGCACAGACAAGCACGCGCUCUUUUGGCUUGUCUUUUUUGUCCUGGAAAUAAUUUUUCUUUCCUUGAUUUUACAUAUUGUUUUUAAAUUUUACGCGCCUCGCUCCUCGCCGGGGGAUCCCUUCUGUGCGGGCUUUCCUUUUUUGCACAAAUUCGCACCCCAGUGCUGUGUGUUGACAAACAGUGACAGAAGAAGGAGAAAGACAGAAAGAGGAAUCGGACCAGGGCGGACCAAAAGGGGCCAAAAACUCACCAGGUAUGGCGGCGGUGUUGCCGAGGACCCUGGGUGAGCUGCAGCUCUACCGGAUCCUGCAGCGAGCGAACCUGCUCUACUACUACGAGGCCUUCAUCCAGCAGGGCGGCGACGACGUGCAGCAGCUGUGCGAAGCCGGGGAGGAGGAGUUCCUGGAGAUCAUGGCCCUCGUCGGCAUGGCGAGCAAGCCGCUGCACGUGCGGCGCCUGCAGAAAGCGCUGCGGGACUGGGUCACCAACCCGGCCAUCUUCAACCAGCCGCUCACGUCGCUGCCCGUCUGCAGCAUCCCCGUCUAUAAACUGCCCGAGGGCUCGCCCACGCUGCUCAGCGGACAGGACCGAGCCAACACCGCCAGCGUCAAGAUGCCCAAAGCAGUCGCCGCCGCCUGCUCCGACCCGGGGAAGCUGGAUGUGGCGCGGGACAAAGUAUCGGCCGGGUCGCCCCUGCAGGGCAGCAGCGAGGCUCGGUUCUGGUCGGGCCACAGCAACGACAGCGAGCACAGCCUGUCGCCGUCAGACCUCGGCUCCCCGUCCUCGCCGAGAGACGCGUUAGAGGCUCUAGACGCCGCCGCCGUCCAGUCUGUCCUGGAGUGUGUGGACAGGAUGGCGCCGGGACUUCCUAAGACGGACUUAGCCGAGGUCAAAGAGCAGCUGAAGAACAACAAGAAACUGGCAAAGAUGAUCGGACACAUCUUUGAAAUGAGCGACGAUGAGCCACGAAGGGAAGAGGAGAUCCGAAAAUACAGCGCCAUCUACGGACGCUUUGACUCCAAGAGGAGGGACGGCAAACACUUGACGCUGCACGAGCUGACGGUGAACGAGGCGGCGGCCCAGCUGUGCAUGCGGGACAUGGCUCUGCUGACACGACGAGACGAGCUGUUCGGACUCGCCCGCCAGAUUUCCAGAGAGGUCACCUACAAAUACACCUACCGCACCAGCAAGUCUCGCUGCGGAGACAGAGACGAGCCAUCCCCUAAACGGAUUAAAACAGAGGAGAACUUCUUCGACAUCCAGGAGGCGCUGCAGGCCAUCCACAUGAGGCAGGAGAUGCUGAGGGAGCAGCUGGCCUGCGCCAAGUCGAAAGGAGAAGAAACUGUUGGGCGAAAUCUGCAGAUGCAGCUGGAGCGUCUCCUGGCCAGGCAGAUGGAGAUCCUGCAGGACGCCGCCGUCCAGGAGCGACUGCAGGCUCUGGACUGGAGGAUCCCCCCCGCCGCCUUAAAGUACCUCAACGACGCCCAGAACACCAACGGAGCCGCCGUGGACGCCAGCAGAGACAACCAAGACGAACGACCAAUCAACUUGCGCGUGGUGAGUCAGAACAUGCAGGAAGGCGACCUCCCAUUGGGCAAGCAAUUAGCCAAUGAACUGAAGCGCCAUCACAACCACAACAACAACAACAACAACAACACAGACGAGACCAAAACACCAGCAACAGAAAACGGGACGUCGCAGCGAGCGUCCAGCAACGCAGAAAAGAAGACCAUCAAGUCAGAGCCGGAAGACUCCACAUAGUGCCUCCCGCCCCGACUCCCCCACUUUGUACCCACCCCCAAUUCAUUCUACUCACACUUGACAGUAUGCAUUUAUUACCCGUCAAUAGAUACUAAGCAAGCACAGACACAGUAGAGCCUUAACAACCAAUGUUGCCUCAUGAAUAGCAUUUAUUUUUCUUUGAUUUAGUCUUUUUCUGUUUUUUGUUUUUUAAAGGUAUUUGCCAAAGCACCUAGAGAGCAUGUCGAGGAGCCGCUCAGUGCUCUGCAGGUCUUUGUCUGUUGAUUAAUUGUACACGUUAGAUGUACAUGUAAUUUAAGAGUGAUCCGUUUGUUUACUCUUUACCUCUGCCUGGGUGUUAUAUUUGUUGCUUUCUUCAGACAGCCAGGCUGCAGGCUGUGACGCCGGGGCUGAGUCGUAACUCAAACGCAGAUUCAGAGAUGAGAUAAAAGCGGAAAUGUUGGCUGCGUUGUUGCACGUCUUCAUCCCGAACAUGUAGCCGAUGUUUAAAGGCCUUCUUUGCUCAUUUGCACCUUAAAACUGAAGCUGCAGAUGCUGCCAAUAUCCAAGGUAAAAGCUUCAAUUCCAAAAGUAUUUCAUAUCCCUCAGACGUUUAGCAACAUUAACAGUGCUGCGCCAGAGAUGGACUGAAAUAUCUCGAUAAUUAUUGGAUGGAUUUGCAGAAAAUUCUGAAAAGACAUUCAUAGUUCCCUGAUCAUUUAACCUUAUCACUUCGGUGAUCCUCUGCCUUUUUCUUCUAGCCCCAACCUUCAGGUUUAGAGGAAAAUAUCUGCACUACUAUUGAAUAAUUUGAACAAAGUUUAGUAAAGAAAUUCAAGUCAUUCACAACAUGAAUUUUACAAGUUUUGGUGAUCCCUUAACCCUUUAAACCCCACCAUCAGCCAGCAGACACCUAUUGAUAAAUAUUCACUGUAAAUCUGUUUACACAGAGCAGAGAGGAGAGGACAGGACAGGAGAGGCUGUAAAAAUGAAAAUAGUUCAAUAUGUAUAGUAUGGGGAGACCCAUUUUCCCCCUAUUUUCAAGAAACGUAGGCAACUGGAAAAAAUAAUAAUUUUAAGAGUAAUUUAAGUAAGUUGUUUUUUAUUUUUAUGUUUUUUAAUGAUUGAUGUCAUUAUAACUGUGUUAUUCUGCACAAAAGACAUUUUUGAGUUGUUCCCACUUCUAGCCAUGAUUGUGCUGAUUCCACAGAGCUGCAGGACUUUAUAUAGAUUGUAUAUAUUGCAGUGAAAUACAAGACCAGUAGUAGUAAAAUGUAAAAAGAGCAAAAAACGCCCUGAAACAGCUUUUUGGGGUUCAGAGGGUUAAGGUCUCAUAAAGCAUCUAGACAUACCAAACACUCCCUAACUUUUAGAUUUAGACGAGAACUGUCUUCACACUCCAUUUCCAUGACUUUCCAAGGCAACUAGAGUUCUUGUGUGCAACAAGACGAUCUAAACCAGCAAUAGCCAAAGAUUUAGCAGCAUUCGGCUGGUGGCUUAUUGUCAUUUCUCUGGCCGCAGCCCCGCGUCUUCUGAGCCUCCGUCUUUCUCCCAAAUCUAACAUAGGCGUCUGCAUUUGUACUGUAACUCCGAGGUGUAAAAGUACUGUAGGGAGAUUGAGUUAGGACUCAGCCUCUUCAGCAGGUUCGUUUUCUUUUUGUGUCAUUCACUUCAAAUGGGAAAACAGGAGAGGUGGGAUUAAUCCUUCGUUCCUCGCUCUUGUCUCGUGUAUAUUUAUGGAAGGUAAUUUAAGUAGAGGAUGUAUAGGAGCUGUUGUGGAGUAACAGCAGGGGACCUCUGUCAUUCGUCUCGGUAGGAUGGCUGGGCUGGCACGCCGGAGGCCGAGCUAAUUGGUUCAUUUCACUUUGUAAUUUAGCAAAACACUGCUGUUGAGGCGAAGCCACACAUCUGCAAACAGGGAGUAUUUCAGGAAGAAACAUGCCUGUGAGUGUUUUUUUAGCAAUGAUCCAACAGCAGAAAUUGACUCAGUAUAUAAACUUUCACCUGAAGGCAGAGUGUUAAAGAUUGCAGGUAUGUGUUUUUUUAUCAACAGCAGCAAAAAAGCAAAAUGUAUUGCUGUUCCUCUUGGAGCGGCACCCUGGGGUCUGUAAAUAGUACCGUAAUAACAAAUAGUGCUAGCCUAAUCUCUCAACCAGGGUUUUCCUUUGUCAAGUGUAACUUUGCUGUAGAUUUCUCGGUGUCAAUACAGUGUUUAUGUAUGUAGAGCAAAAAGAAAAAAAUUUAAGUGUCAUUGAGGAAAAAAAUUACAAGUGUGAAAGUGUCUGGUAUAUAAAAAAAACAUGCUUUACAUGAUGAUAAUGUUGAUUAGCCUUAGCUCUUAACAGUGUUUAAUCCACCUGUGAUGGCCAUCAGUGCAUAUUUCAAAGAUGUGUUUUUGCUGUUUAGCGGUAGAUACAUAACAAAUAAGUGUUCACUGUGUUUUUACGUGUUCGCCACACUGUGUAAAUACGUCUGUUUGGUCCAAGAUGAUGAUAAUGUCCAGACAAUUUGGUCUAACUCCCCUUUCCCCAAAACUCCCUGCAGAUAGUUUAGUCCCACUCAGCGUAACGGCAGACCAAUGCAAUAUUUAUGUAAGUAACAAGUCUAUUUGCAUACUCCAUUUUGUUAUGUGCUCAGUAACUGUACGUCUGUCAUGAACUUCAAGGGUGGGAAUUCACCUGCAGCUUGGUUUGUGUCGUCCAACUUUAAGUGUAUUUUAAAGACAAUGAGCUCUUUUCGUGGAGGUUGUUUCGAGCGAGGAUUUGUCCUUGAUCUGGAGAAUUCUGGGAGAUAAAGCCAUCGUGGUUUUUGGGGACAGAUAAUGUUUUCGUCUCCGGUCCUCUUGGCUCAAACACUGUCUGAGUUUGUGUGACUGUUGUACGAUGUUUCAGAGAUUAGCGCAUGUCUGACCGGCCGUCUCACUGAUCACCGUUCUCCUCACUGUUUAUUGUAAAGUGAUAGAUUAGGCUUCACCUAGUUAUGCACCUGUUUUUUAAACACUAAUAUAUUUUAUUUGUUAUACAGCACAUAAACAUUAAACUUUAUUUUUUUGAACUCUA